AAUCAUUGUCGACAUCCAUCACCUUUUUCUCAACUAUGGCUUCGGCGUACGGCUUCUUCAAGCUACCUCGUGAGCUGCGCGAUGCAAUCUACGGCUUCUACUUCACGACCGAAGAUGGUUACCACCUCAAUCUGGACUCCGGGAAGCUCACUGUCUCGAAUCGACAGCCUAUCGACUUAUCUCUCCGGCUUGUUUGCCGAAUCAUCACGCAGGAGACGAUUGGUGUUCCUUUCAACAUGAACACAAUCAAUUUCACUACCGUGGAUUCCGACAAACUACCUAAAGACAGCCAAAACAUUCACGACUUUGUCCACGCGUUACACACACUCAAAGCCAUAGCAUUGACACUCGCAAAGUCGCUCAUCACUCCCAACAUUUUGAGAGACUUGCUGAUCAAACACCAUCAAUAUGAAACAAUUAUGCAAGAGAUGAUGGCCGCCGGAGACGACUCUGGUCUCUUGCGAUAUUAUCGUGGAGAUGUUCCAUCCCAUUAUCGACGAUUCAUUGCGGAUUCUCUGGAUACUCUUGCGCGACAGCCAAAUUUUGUACAGGUAGUCGCCACAAAGACACCAUCCUAUGACCGUUGCAUAAGACCGUUAUCUGAUAUCCUGGAAGUUCUAUCCGUACGAUCCUACGAGCCUUGGAGUAUACCAACCGACCAGAUCGUUCUCAGGCGGCCACAAUCGUUAUACUCAUUCGCUUGUUACGCCCUCGUUAAUCGUCGUAGUAUUUCCAACAAUCGCUUCUCAGCUGCCGCCGUAGCCAUUAGAUAUCUGGAAAGUCUUUCCACAGAGACCCGUCUACAAAUCAAGCGCAUUAAUCUACACGAGGACCGUAUUUCGCUCGCCUUUCCGGAAUGUCACAUGCAGGGGCUGAUUCCGUUUUGCAAUGAGAAUCCACGUCUUCAUAUCCACAGACAAGUCAGCGUCUGGAAGAAUGUUCUUCCCGCCGGCAGUACUACUUACAGCACCAACUACUUCACCACAGAGGAGGAUGAAUGGUAUGAUCCAGACUCUGUCAGGCUUCAUGCCGGGGAAAUAUCCAAUGCUGUAAAGCCCUGGAUUGCAGAGGCUCUUGCACUUCCAACCCUUGGAAUGCGUUCAUCUUCGUUUUCCUUCACUUUCGACUGCGAUGCGGCCUCAAAUUGUACCACAAAGGUGUUUGAGGUAAUGCUACAAGACGCAGCCUGGCAUAUGGCUAUGGAAAAAGCAUAUCGCCGCGAUCUUGCCAGAGGUAUCACUCCUAACUCAUACGUCUGUGAACAGGUAAAGCUCUCCUGUCGAGGUUUCCUCCAACAAGCCCUCAGAGAUAUCAAGAACAAAAGGUCUAUCAUUCAAUGCAACUUCCCUCUUGGCGACGUUCUGGACCCCGAUACUCUGCUGGACGACGACCAAAGCUGGUCCCAGUCAAGAUGGGAGCAGCAUUGUGUUGACUAUAAAAGGCUGGUCUUAGCAUCGCAACCACCGUUGCCAAGUUGGUACGACAUUCGCCGUCUGGAACUUGAUGUGGAUGAGAAGGUGUUAACCGGAAAUGAACAGGCUGAGUGGGAUCUCAGUGACCAAGCUGUAUGGCAACAAAAGGGAUUGGGCCCGUACUAGGUUUAUAUUCCUUGAAAAGGCCAGAAGUGUUACGAUAUGUCUGAGUGCUUUUCCAGGUUAUUAUGUCUCACACUUGGUAGAUGGUUGCCAAGGUUAUGGAUUUGCGUACUGGAUUUGCUUGGGCUAUAGGAUAUAUGGCAUGAGACCAAAUGGAGGUUUUGCACGUAGUUGGACAAUAAUCAAAAGUUUUAUCUUAUAUCAGUUUCGG